CAGACCAGACCACAUUUAUAUAGAUACAAAAUAUACAGCACCGAAAUAUACAAGAUCAGACAUUUAACGUAUCGAUCAGACCAGAUUUUACGGGAGGGUAGCGGCAGCAGUUUGGUUCCGGUCUACCCUUCCAGCACCGGCCCCGUUGCUCGAGGACGCUUUUCACCGGAGUUUUGGUCCGGGAGCCCUUCUAUUCAAAUUGGAGAUUCUCACUCGGUAGCAGCUAAGCGGAUGAAUUAGUGCAGCACCGAAAUUUCUACUCCAAUAAUCACUCACUAUGAGAAAAACAUUUCACAUCUUUGCUGCAAUCGUCAAACACCGCACUGGAAAGUCCAAUUUCCCCGCUUUACCCUCUCCAUAUUUCUCGAAAUCGUGCCCUGUUUUCCAUUCCCCUCCGGCCCCAAGAUGGGUAUCUACAAGCACCGAACUUCCUCCGCCUGAGUGGGUGCAGCCUUUUACAGACCUCUCCGACGUUAUCACCGACUACAAAAAUAUCCAGCCUUCUCCUUGGGUGUCCCAAAUUUUGAAUCUUGUAGACAAUUCGCCUCAGAUGGAGGGAAACUUGACAGCUUACUGCAACAAGUUUCUCAUCAAGCUAUCACCCAAUUUUGUUGCAUUCGUGCUGAACUCAGACCAGCUUCCUAAAAAUUCUCUUACUGCUUAUCGGUUCUUCACUUGGGCUGGCAGGCAAAAAGGGUAUGCCCAUAGUUUUGAAUGCUAUGUGUAUUUGAUAGCUAUUUUAUCAGCUUGCAGUGAUGCAAAUAGAAUAAGAGAUGUUUUUAAGGACUUCAAAGACAGUGAUUUUAAGAUGAACUUGUCUGGGGCUAAUUCGUUGGUCAGGAGUCUUGGAAGUGUGGGGAUGGUUGAGGAGGUUUUGUGGGUAUGGAGAGGCUUGAAAGAGUGUGGGAUUCAACCUACAUUGUAUACUUAUAAUUUUCUACUGAAUGGUUUGGUGAAUGCUAUGUUUAUUGAGUCUGCUGAACAAGUUUUUGAAGUUAUGGAAAGUGGGAAAAUUCAACCCGAUAUUGUCACAUAUAAUACAAUGAUCAAAGGGUAUUGCAAGACCGGCAAGGUGCAAAAAGCAAUGGAGAAGUUUAGAGACAUGGAGGUUAAAAAUGUGGUACCUGAUAAAAUUACUUAUAUGACCCUCAUCCAGGCAAGCUAUUCUGAGAGAGAUCAUAACAUGUGCCUGGGGCUUUAUCAUGAAAUGGUGGAAAAGGAGCUGGAAGUUCCAUCACAUGCUUAUAGUUUAGUAAUUGGUGGGCUUUGUAGAGAUGGUAAGUCUCUGGAAGCACAUGCCAUUUUGGAUAACAUGGUUAGGAAGGGUUGUAGACCUAAUCCUGCAAUUUAUACGGCCUUGAUUGAUUCAUACAUGAAAAAUUCUUACUUGGAAGCUGCAAUAAGGCUCUUUGAUAGAAUGAAGGAUGAAGGGAUUGAACCCGAUGAAUUUACAUAUGGGGUUAUUGUAAAUGGUCUGUCCAAGUGUGGUAGAUUGGAAGAAGCCUUACAAUGGCUUGAGUAUUGUCAGAAUAAUAAUAAGGGUAUAAAUGCCAAGCUUUAUUCAAGUCUAAUUGAUGGUCUUGGGAAGGCGGGGAGAGUGGAUGAGGCUAAAAAGCUCUUUGAGGAGAUGGCUGAAAAGGGGUGCCCUCGUGAUUCUUACUGUUAUAAUGCACUAAUAGAUGCCCUAGCUAAAGCUGGAAAGGUGGACGAAUCUUUGAUGCUUUUCAAUAGAAUGGAACAAGAAGGUUGUGAUCAAACUGUCUAUACAUACACAAUGUUGAUCAGUGGUCUGUUUCGUGACCACCGCAAUGAAGAGGCAUUGAAACUGUGGAAUAAGAUGAUUGACAAGGGCAUAACUCCAACAGCUGCUUCAUUUAGAGCUCUUUCAACUGGGCUUUGUCUUUCGGGUAAGGUGGCAAGGGCUUGUAAGAUUUUGGAUGAGCUGGCACCGAUGGGUAUUGUUCUAGAUACUGCUUUUGAAGACAUGGUUAAUGUUCUGUGCAAGGCGGGCCGUCUUGUGGAGGCUUGCAAGUUAGCUGAUGGAAUUGUUGACCGUGGUAGGGAAAUUCCGGGCAGGGUUCGUACUGUUUUUAUAACUGCCCUAAGGAAAGCUGGGAAUGCAGAUUUAGCUAUAAAAUUGAUGCAUAGUAAAAUUGGGAUUGGAUAUGAGAGGGUGGGCAGUGUUAAAAAACGCGUGAAGUUUCGUCUUCUGGUAGACAAGUGAGAGCCUACAUCAAUGAUGCUUGUGGUAAUCCAUGACCUCUCAUGGUUUAAGAUUGUUCACUUUUGGGACAGUGGGCUGGGCAUUGAUAUGAUGGAAGGUGUCAAACUACUUCCAUCACUCAAAAGGUUGAGAAUUUGUCAUGGAUACGUGGGUAUGAAUCCAUUCAUGGAUUAUGGCGUACUCUGAUAUAUCAAUUGCUUUUUGCAAAAUUUGGAUGUAAUAAUGCUCCAUACUCUGAUAUAUCAUAAUUUAGUAUUAAUUUGCUGACCCUAUUAGUCUUUCUUCUUCACUACUGGAGCGGGUCAGAUUGUGGUUGAAUGGAUGGGAGUUGAUGGAAACCUCCUUUCACCAUCCUACCAAUCUGAUAUAUCAUGGAAACAGCUGGUUGCACACUUUUUCUAGUGCAUUCAUCAUCACAUUCCUCUCGAUAUUGGUGUGACUAUCCUUGCCAUCACUUGUUCUAUUGCGUGAUACGCUUUGAUCUCCCGCCAUACUUUGUGUGAUUACCUGAUGCCUUAUCAUGAUGACUUAUGGUGACGAGCUAGCAUUCCUCUAGACACUCAUGGUGAGCUCGUGAGUGCGCCACACCAAAUUUAUUUUAGAACUAAUCUCAUGGAGGAGAAUGUUGAUAUUAUUAUUACUUAUUAGACGUGCAUCUGGAGAUCUUGGCUUCAGUGAAGGAAAACCCGUUGCAGCAUUUACAAUAUACAAAUGCCUUCUUCAUUGGAAAUCCUUUGAAGCAGAGAAAACUAAUAUAUUUGACUGCCUUAUCCAGAUGAUUGGUGCUGCUAUAGAGGAUGAGUCAGAAAAUGGUCACAUAGCAUAUUGGCUGUCAAACACAUCUAUGCUGUUGUUGAAGAGUUGUGUGGAGCACUGGUCGUGGGUGAGAGUUAUUCAUAGCCAACCAACUCAAUGGCAACUCAUUUGGAAGAGGAGGAUGAACUGCUGCUAGAAAUGAUGGAGAUCAAAGACAGAGGCAUGAGUGUUAAUUAAAUUGAAUUACAAAUACUACAUUAGAAAUUCAUUAUAUGUGUGGCAAUUGGAGUUUCUGGGAUCCCGGAACUUGAUGAGAUGUGUUUUCGAUGAAGAUGGCUAUGCCACAUUUACCAAUUACUACUACAAAAGUCUUCCUACGAAAGUGAGAAAUUGAACGUUCCGACGACAGUCUUCUUCUUCUUCUUCAUCCCAGUCGCUACUUCAUCGUCCCUGAACUCGCCACCACACAACCUCUCCAGUCUCCUGACCACAUUGUUGUUGGCGAAGACUGUCUUCGUUCUGCUCUCUCCCUCCUCACAUUGCUUCACUAAAACCACUCUAACCAUGCGGCCAUGAAAAGAGAUGAAUGCAAAUUGUUGAGUGCCAACGAGUCUUUUUAACUAACUUUUUUCCAUCUUUAAACACCCUUUAAAGUUUGUAAGAUUUACAUAACAACUUUGUUAUUUGUAUCCACUCUUAUACCCCACUCAUAACCCACCCUUGUGAGAGACUAUUUUUUUUGUCACA